GUAGUUCUCAUAUCAUAUUUGAAAUCAGAUCAUACUUUACAAUGUUGGCAUUAUGAUACCGCCGUAGAGUUGGCAGUUCGUUUUAAACAUGGCGUAUAUCAGUAAAUAUUGAAGUUGAGGUUAGGUUUAAUAAUGAAAUGGAGUGUUUCGACCUGAAAAGAAUACCUUUAGAAGGAAAUGUGUGCUGCCAACAGAAGUGUUAUUUGUCAGAACAUGUGUUCAAAAAAAUCAAUCAAUCAUUUUGUCCGAGAGUAUACGCUUUGUUAGCCCUUUCUUCGAAAUGUAAAUGUAUAUGUAGGUUAGGACUUGAAAAAGAUUUACAUUCUAGUUUUAUUAAAUUUAAUGAUUCCGUUGUGAGUUACAAAGAGUGCCAACAAACCAAAGAUGGGUUUCCGUGCGAACCUUUGGAUAGAAAUAUUGAGCGUGUUAAUAUUGAAGAAAUAGGAAUAGUGCAAAUUGUGAACAGUGUUAAGUCUGUUAGUGUUUCAGUAGUGUUUACUGAUGUGAAGGCAAUUAAAAAAUGGAAGAACAAUUCUUCAAAUUUAAGUAACAUCGUGAAAUCAAUUUUACAGUUGUAUGUAAUAUCUGAUUGUUCUGUUGUGUUCUUGGAUAAUUUAGAAGCACAGCAACGACUUGGGAUACAUUGCUUAGUUGUACACCGUAUGUCAACAUUUGGUUCUGUUGAAAGUAUUUUGGGUAGAGUUUGUAGUUCAACAAAAGUUAGUACUUUCAAGUUGCUUAGCCAAUUGAGAUUUGAACUCAAACAGAAUGUGCAGAAUUCAUUAGAACUAGGUGGCCUCAGUAAACCAUAUCAAGCUUUAAAAGAAAUUAUAGAGUCUCAAAGUUUGCGAAGUAAAGGAAAAGGCCUUCAACCUCCCCAGCAAGUUCUAUUAAUUGGACCUUCUGGGUGUGGCAAGACAUCUUUAGUGCAAAAGAUAGCUGGUGAUUGUGGUGCUAUUUUAGUGAGUAUUUUAGGUCCUGAAUUGUAUCAUCCAAAACCAGGUGACACGGAAGAUGCCCUGCGUAGGGUGUUUCAGGAGGCAUCAGAUUUAGCAGAUGAAGGACUGACAGUUCUUUUAUUGGAUGAAGUUGAUAGCAUUUGCCUAAAAAGAGAGAAGGCUGGUUCAUCUUACACAGCUCGUGCAACAUCUCAGCUGCUUUCAUUGUUAGAAAAAGUUGGUGAAACUCCUAACUUAGUAGUAAUUGCUACUACUAAUAGGGUCCAUGAUAUAGAUACUGCCAUUCGGAGGCCAGGUCGCUUAGAAAUAGAGAUUUAUAUUGGAGUACCAACAGAGAAACAGCGGAAGGAAAUUUUAUAUAUAUUAACCCGCCCAAUGUUAAGCUUGGAUUUUGAAUAUACUGCUGAGUUGUGUGAAGCUGUUGCAAAUAUGACUCCUGGCUAUGUUGGAGCUGACCUAUCUCUUUUGUGUCAAGAUGUUGCAUUUCUACAACUUAAGAAACAGGAGAAUUCAAAAUUUUCUGAAUUAGAAGAUUGGCUGGAGUAUUUCCACAGGGCCUUGAGUCGAAUUCGACCAUCUUCUCUGCGAAGUGGUCUUGGUGUGGUAACCACUCAUCCUGUGAAUCUCUCAGAUAUUGGGGGACUAGAUGAUGUAAAGAAGACCUUGGAAAUGGCUGUGAAGUGGCCUUUGCUUCAUCCCGAAGCAUUUGCUCGUUUGGGCUUGCCGCAACCUCAUGGUGUUCUAAUGUAUGGUCCUCCAGGUUGUGCUAAAACUCGAUUAGCUUGUGCAUUGGCAACUGCUACAAAUACUACAUUCCUUGCCACUUCUGCUGCUGAGCUGUAUUCACCCUUUGUUGGUGAUGCUGAGAAGAGUGUUGUUGAACUGUUUCACAGAGCGAGACUUGGUGCACCAGCUAUUCUUUUCAUCGAUGAAAUUGAUGCUCUUCUUGGAAGUCGCUGUGGUAGAGAGAAAGGAGUACACGAAAGAGUUCUUUCUACAUUUUUGACUGAAAUGGAUGGUGUAGGCCUAAGCUUAGAUGGAGCAAUGUCUGUCCAUAGUCGUUCUGAUUGUUACAAGGAAGGAGGGAUAACUUGUCCUGGUAUUCUUGUAAUAGCAGCCACAAACAGACCUGACAUUUUGGAUGAUGCUCUUUUGAGACCAGGCCGAUUUGAUAAACUGAUAUAUGUCCCACCUCCUGAUGCCUUAGGGAGACUAGACAUUUUAAGAAUUUACUUGGCAAAGACCCCUCUAGCCCCUUGCGUGAAUCUUCAAGAAAUUGCUGCAUUCACUGAAUACUUCUCUGGAGCUGACAUAAAAAAUUUAUGUAGGGAGGCUGCAUUACACGCUCUUGCUGAAGAUGGAAUGGGAGUUGCAGAUGUCAAACACAAGGAUUUUUUGUGGGCUAUUGACAGUGUUCGACCUUCUUUGACAAAAUCUCAAAUUCAGUGGUACAACAAUUUUAAUAUUUCUUCUAAAAGAUAGUGAAGAUGAUAAAGCUGCUGCUGUUUCAUGUCUUUUAAAAGCAACGUUUUGUACUUCCUGUUUUUCUGUGUAAUUUAUUGUAAAUUAUUGUUUUGUACAUUUGAAUGUGUAAAUAUUAUUGUUUCUUUCUUGACAAUUUCAUAUUUUAUUUUCACAAAUCAUUUAAAUAUAAAUAUUUGUAUUAAAGAAGGUUUAGUACAAUAGUAUUUAAAAAAGUAGAUAAUUUAGAAAAAAAAAUUUUUUUUCAAUGGUAUUAAAUUUUCUGAUAAUUUUGUCAAAAUUUUCCCUUCAUAUUCAUCAAGAGACAAUGUGUUGAAAUAAUGAUACUCAUAUGAAAUUUAAAUAAUAAAUACAUUUUAAAAAUGGAUUGAUUAUAAGAAAAAAAUUGCGUUCGUAACCUGAAUUCAAUUCUAUUUCUACUAAGCAUAAAAGGUUUUGCAAAAGGAACAAAAGCAUUUCAUUGUUGGUGGUGAAUUUAAUUCCCUUAGUUAUUGAAAAAAUAAAUGCUGUAGUAAUUUCUAAAUAAGGGAAUUACACUAACACUAUUUUAGAGUAAUGUCUUUGAAAUGAAUUGUUGUAGUUAAGAAAUAAAAUAUUACUUCUCCGCAAGCAAGUAUUUUCUAAGAUUGAAAUUAGAUGUAUCAUUAAUUAUAACUGAGAUAAAAGUUUUAACAUAUUUGUUAUGAUAUCAAGAAGGUUUUUUGAAAUUCUGUCAAAGACAAUUAAGUCCAGCAGUUAACUAAGAUUCAGAAUUUUGAAAGUUUGUAUUAAAAUAUAUUUAUGGGAGUAUAUUUGAAAUAUGCUUCUUUUUUUGAUCGUGAAAUUUACAAUAACUUAUUAUAUCCAAGGAUUCAUUUUUUGGAGUAUGUACAGUAUAUGAUAGAAGAUUUAGGUGUCAUAAUUAUGGAAUGUAAUAGCUUACUGGUUUGAAAUUGUUUCUUGAGACGUUAGUGACAGCUACUGAUCUAUUCUCUAUGCUUUAAAGAAUUGUCUUAGGCCCUGACAAUUUUUACAAAUAUUAAAUUCUCCAAAGGGCUAAGGCUGUGAAUGCAUUGAGUUGCCUACCUCCCUUUGUAGGUUUCUUAUUCAUGUAGCAAUGUUUAAGAGAGUCCUAGCUACACCAGGGGUUCCUCUGUUUUUGUAGCUCAAUGAGGACAUCAUUUUUUAAAUCAUGAUUAUUUGUUGUUUUUUUAAAUGGUGAUUUAUGAACAAUUAAUGAAGCUAUUUCAUAAGGAAGUUGGAGUGCAUGAAUUAAAAUAGUGGAAGAAAAAUGAAUGAAUAGCUUGGUGUAAUAGUGUAAUUGCAACAAAAAAAAUCACUAUGCAUUUAUGAAUCUGAAUGCUAUUAUCCUAAUAUUUUUGGCCUUAAUGUGCUAUAAAUCAUUAUAAAUAUGUAUUAAAGGUUGAUUGACAUGAGUGUCACCUGCACCGAAUUAUUAUGGGGGUGAUGAUAAAUAGAUGUACGGAUUACUGGGGAGUCCCCUCCAAUGUACCCCAUGUCGGCGGUGAUGCCCAUGAUUAUCAACUAAUCAACAUUAUCAAGUGUUUUGAUGAGUGUUAUGCUUUGACAGUGUGCCAUCUUCAAUAUUGAGGAAUUUAUGUUAGAAUCAAAUUUAAUUUUUGUAAUAAACAAAACAUAUGUGUCUUAA